UCUACGACCACGAGACCCUGGGCCGUAAAUACACGCAAAGUGAUGACGUUUCCAUGCUUCCACAGCUGUCAGAAAGUUACACGUUGCAUCUCCAAGCAUUUCGCGUUUGUUCUUGUAGUCCUACUGUAGUUUUACAGUUACCACGUAAUCGGAAUCGCAAUGGCUGAUGAAGCUGGAGAUGCUAUUGAUCUUAAGGCUGGUCAUCCUCCUGCGGUUAAGGCCGGAGGUAUGAGGAUUACCCAACAUAAAACUCCCCAAGAAUCGGUGAAAAAAACUGAAAAAAUGUCGGAAGAAGAUAAAGAAGAGUUUCCAGAGCCAAGCCCACCAAAGGCACAGACAGUUGUAGUGGCUGGGGCAAUGUCUAGGGGUAACAAAGAUUUCCCACCCGAAGCUGUGAAAGCUAUGCAUGAAAAGCCCAUGCCUACACACGACACACGGCCAGCCCACCAGCCUUCAAAGGUUAUCCAACAACCCAGGAAGUAGAUGAAUUUGGCAGACUACUGAGAGCAAGUCUUGACACAUGAAGAAUAGGAGAACCUCGGCGUGGUCAAAGAAUUGCUAAACCAUUUUAUACAAAUGUUUAAUACCGGCUUGCCUAGACGAGCUAUUUAUUAAUUAAUUGUGAGCAUAAAUCAUGAAUUCAAAGAGAACACCACGCUCAAUCGAUGGCCCACACGUACAUGUGCAGCUGUGUAAAUGAGAAUGGCGUAUGGUUAAGAGAUGCUACAGAAAAUAUGCCAGCUUUCACCCAAUAUUGUCAGAAAUUUACGUUUUUUGUAUUGAUUCUGUACUAUUUUGUGAUUCAUGGUUUAAAGCUAUAACUUUUGGAACUGUCGUGCAUAAUCAGUAAAUUUCAGGCUUGUAUAAAGCCUGAGAAACCUAACAUAGAUGUAUACUAUUGUUUUUUGAUGAUUACUUUAAAUUAUGCAAAAAAGCUCUUCAGUAGUUUAUAUUCCCUCUGAUUAUUCAUUCUAUCUCAAAUGUGUUCUCCAAAGAAUGCAUUUAGCUGGAAAACUUUGUGUAUGAAGUAUGUUGUGCAGGUCACUACCUCUCAGUCAAUCCAGCAUUACAUCUUUUCUAUGGUGGUGCCAACGUUCUGAUAAAAAUUUCUAGUGAUGGUCAAUUUUGAUGUUUUUAGUUAAGCAAGUGUCGAUUAAGGUUAACAUUUAUUAAGCUGUUUUGUUGAAUUUGGGUGCAUAAAAUUGUUUACAGACAUGGGGCCAUUAAUUUGUGAAGAUUGAUUUCUAGGUAGGAGGAAAACUCGAUAUAUAUAAAUUACUAGUGGGAUAGUGUAGAUGUCUGAGCUAGCAUGUUGCUGAAAAUGCAAGUGACGUUUGUUUACAAUUCUAGAGUGAGCACAUCUGGCAGUUGUUGUAUAGUCCAGUUUAGUUGUUGAAUGGAUGGUGGAUAGUAGAAGAAUACUUACAGGCACAUUUUAUUAUUGCUCUAUUUACCUGGAUCAGGGUUUUUUACGCAAGAUCUGGUGCAAUUGGUUCAAAAAAGAGAUGUAUGAAAUAUUUAGAAAUUCUAGUAACAUCGACAAUAAAAUCGACCAUCGACCAAUGA